GUUUGCUCUUUAACCCCGCAACACAAAAACAAAGUCGUCUGUAGCGCGUAAUAAAGUUAGGAUAGAAUGAAAUUGGCAAUACAACAACAGCAGCAAUGGGCGAAACAAUCACGUCAGUAAUAACUUAACUGGUUUGCUUCCCAUCGCCGUGGAAUUGAAAAGGUUGGCAGAAUUUUGAGUGGGUGUAAUGUUAGUUGGAAUUUUUUGGCGGUACCAAACACAACUCCCGCAUAAACACACAAAAUGGGUGUAAAUUCGAUGGUUUUCGCUUGUGUACUGUUUUUAUUGUUCAAUUUUUAUGCCAUAAAUGUCAAUUGCCUCUGCUUGGCCACAGUGCCGCCAACCUGUUUAACAGAUUUGGAAGACGAAGAUGCCAAAGAAAUUCUCGAUUAUGUGCUGAGUAAAUACGAAGAAGUUGAUAUGAAAAUCCCCGGCGAGCCAUUGGCCGUCCAUGGCAAACGUAUAUCGCACAGAGGCACUGAAGAAUUCCACAUCGGUUUUCAUUAUGUAGACAACACUCCAGGGGAUGUAAUACAGAAUUGCGUUUUUGUUAUUGUACACACACCAAACGCAUGCGAGACUAUAAGUACGGUGUGCAACACAUUUUUAUCCGCCACACCACGCCCACUUCUGGAACGCGAAGUCCUAACGGUUUGCGAAGAUGGGGAAGAGCAAACAAGACCACGAGAAGAGACGGAAACAGAAGCGGCUCAAAAACGAUGAAAAGUGAAAGAAUAAUUUGAAAUAAAAUUUGAGCCGAACUGGGCUACAAACAACUA